ACAAAACAAACCAGCAGCAAAAGGUCACUCACGUCUCUCCAUUCACUACCGUAAUUCAACGUCUCUCUCUAUCUCAUGGCCGCCAAGUAGAAGAGUAAAGCAACUUCACUCCUCUCCUCACCCUAUUUCUGACCUUUUACUUCUUCUCUUUUAUUUCAAGAACAAGGAUAAUACUUGCUUUGUCUAUCUUGAUUUUCGUGCUUGCAGAAAUUUGAUUUUUUUUUCUACUUCUUUUGCUCUUUUAAGACAGUCCCAUUUCGAAGAACAGCCCUUGUUUUGAUCUUACUCAUUUUCUUGAAAAGUAUUGUUUGUUCUCUUUGAAGGAAGACCCAUUACAAGAGAAUAGCAUUAUUUUCUUGGGUUUUCUUGUAAAGCUUCGUUUUGGUGUUUAUGUGUGAAAUAAUUAUAAAUGGGGAGUAAAUGGAGGAAAGUGAAGCUUGCACUCGGUAUGAAUCUGUGUGUGUAUACUCCAAGAAAUAAUAUUGCUGAUAAUGAUGAUGAGGAUGGAUCUUUGUCGCCGUCUUCUUAUAGACACUCAGACGCUGCUCUGCUGUCGCCAGUGGCGAACUGGACCUCAGCUCCGCCGACGCCCGGGUCGAAUAUGCUGAAGUUUUCCAAGAGCUUGAGUAGAUCUUCUUCUAAGAAAACCUGCUCUAUUUGUUUGACAUCAAUGAGACGAGAUGGCCAAGCUAUAUUCACUGCCGAGUGUUCACAUUCCUUUCAUUUCCAUUGUAUUGCUUCAAAUGUGAAACAUGGCAACCGAAUUUGCCCAAUUUGUAGAGCAAAGUGGAAAGAGAUUCCCUUACAAGGUCCGAGCCUGGAUCCUUCCCAGGGUAGGGCGAGAGUCAACCCUGUUGAUUGGCCCCAAAACAAUACAUUGAUGACAGUAAUCCGUCAAUUGCCACCUCCUCGUUCAAAUACUAGUAGAAAUGUUGCACCACUAUUCCAGGCACCUGAGCCAGCAAUCUUCAAUGAUGACGAAAUGUUGGAUCAUGAACUUGACUCCACUGAGAACAGCUCUUCAAACAAGAGUCUAGGGGAUUGUAGUGAACAAAGAAAAGUUAAGAUGAAGACGUUUACGGAAGUUCCAGCAGUUCCACAGUCAAACACUUCGGAAAAAUUCUGUGUCUUGAUUAAUGUAAAAGCUCCUGCAUCGAACUCUUGGCAGAAUCCUGACAGAAACCAGGCCAAUAUGCCCCAAAUCUCUCAAACACAUCGAGCUCCUGUUGAUCUUGUUACAGUUCUUGACAUUAGUGGAAGCAUGGCAGGCACUAAACUUGCAUUACUAAAACGAGCUAUGGGGUUUGUGAUACAGAAUCUUGGUCCCAAUGAUAGGUUGGCAGUCAUUGCCUUCUCUUCUACAGCCAGACGCCUCUUUCCCCUUCGUAGGAUGUCUGAAACAGGACGGCAGCAAGCAUUACAGGCUGUUCAUUCUUUAGUUGCCAGUGGAGGGACAAAUAUCGCUGAAGGUUUGAGAAAAAGUUCCAAAAUAAUGGAAGACCGGAGGGAAAAAAAUCCAGUUGCCAGUAUAAUAUUAUUAUCUGAUGGGCAAGACACGUAUACUGUCAGUAAUACUGGUGGCAACCAGAAUCAACUAAAUUACCAAUUGCUCCUGCCCGUUUCUAUGCAACGUGAAGAUGGUUCAGGUUUUAAGAUUCCAGUUCAUGCAUUUGGGUUUGGUGCAGAUCAUGACGCAUCAUCCAUGCACUCAAUUUCAGAGAUUUCUGGAGGGACCUUUUCUUUCAUUGAGACUGAAGCGGUUAUCCAGGAUGCAUUUGCCCAGUGCAUUGGAGGCCUUUUGAGUGUAGUGGUGAAGGAUCUGCAGAUAAGUAUUGAGUGUCUUCACCCGAGUGUCCAUCUUGGUUCUUUAAAGGCAGGGAGUUAUGCCAACCACAUCUUGUCAGAUAGACGUACGGGAUCUAUUGAUGUUGGAGAUCUCUAUGCGGAUGAGGAGAGAGACUUUUUGGUUACAAUAAACAUCCCUGCUUCAUUUUCAUGCAAUGAAACGAUGUUGCUGAAGGUAAAAUGUGUUUACAAUGAUCCCUUGACAAAAGAAACUGUCACCUUAGAAGGUGAAGAAGUUAGAAUCAAGAGACCUGUAGUGGCUAGACAAGACAGCGUGUCAAUUGAAGUGGAGAGGCAGCAAAACAGGCUUCAAGCAGCAGAGGCAAUGUCACAAGCUCGCAUUGCAGCUGAAAAUGGAGAUUUGGUUGGUGCUGUUUCUAUCCUCGAAAACUGCCGCAUGAUGUUGUCAGAAACCGUGUCGGCUAAAUCUCGUGACAGGCUCUGUGUUGCACUUGAUGCUGAGCUGAAGGAAAUGCAAGAGAGGAUGGCGAGCAAACACGUGUACGAGGCAUCUGGAAGGGCAUAUAUACUGUCAGGGCUGAGCUCACACUCGUGGCAGAGAGCAACAGCAAGAGGCGAUUCCACUGAUGGUUCAAGCCUAGUUCAGGCCUAUCAAACCCCUUCAAUGCUCGAGAUGGUUACUCGUUCUCAGGCCACAUUGUUAGGCAGUCCUUCAGCUCAAAGGCUUCUUCGACCAGUGUGGUCAUUUUCAUCUCGACCAAGGCCUAGGUGAUGCUGCAUCCUGAUUCAUCUCCUCUUUUGGUUUCUUUCUUCCUUUAUCAUCGUCGAGUUUCGUUUGGGGGUGGGGUCGAUUCGAGAAACGCAUGAAUAUGUGUCUUGCAAUAUUGUUCCUCUUUAGUUAUGUAAAGAAAUAAACUCAAGUGUGCAAAUAUAAUUUGCGGAAGGGGAACGCUAGCUAGGUUCAGAACUAAGUUUUGUCUCUUCUUGUCAUUGUUGGGGGUGAUGUAGAUAGGAAAUUGGGUAUAAGUUUGUAAGUUUGGAGAUACUCCUUGUUUAACUUCAAGCUCUUAAUAUAAGAUAAUUGUAUUGUAUUUUCUACAUA